AUUGAUUCGCGAGUGAUGUUGUGUCGCUGUUCCCUGGCAACAAGUAUGACAAGUAUCAUGGUAACUCUUUCGCAAGAUGGCAUGGAUAUGGUCUUUAAAGUGUAUACGUGUACGCUCUUUUACCGAACAAGGUCCAGAAAGUAAGAUCUGAACACGGAUUGAUGACAUAACAUUCGGAGACAUUCGGAGCGUAUACAAGUAGGCAACGAUGCUGUUAACCAUAUGAUUAAUGAAAUUGUCAUUACAUACAGUUGGACGGCAUGGCAGGCAGAGCUUUUCACGUUAAAGUACAGCUAGAUGUACACGCGAUAACGUGUCCUGGCGUUUGGUUGUGUCCCAAUGGCAAAGUGGCUCUGCGAAUCAACGUUUUCGAUUCUUGUGCGGAAUCCCACGCAAUAAGCCCGAUUUUCCCACUUUUGUUCCAUGACAAAUUUAUCUUCGAUAAAAUCUUUGCUCGAAUAAUUUCCCUAACGGAGCUGCAAAACACUUUGGAGCAAGAAUUUUUAUAUACGGAAUUGAUACAGUGGGCAACGCCAGCUAGCCGAGGCAUUACUUUGGCAACGUUUGAGACAAAUUUGGCAGAUUUGCUAUAUCCCGCACCCUGUUUCAAAGGUUUACUAGCCGGUGUGGACAUUGACCUUCUAAUGGAGCCGACUAAAUACUUUCCCGGUAUCAUAGCACCCAAAAUCGAGGUCUCCACCAAAACGAUUGUCGAGGAAAUCUUGGGCUUCUGUGACACAAGUAUGAGUAAAUGUUAUGUCAUCAAUCCAAAAAUGAUUAACUCUAAGCAAACGGCGUAUGGGCAAAGAAAAAGACCGAUUAAAGGUAUUAUAAGACAACGAAGAGUGUGUCACGCUAAAAGUAAACCGAGAUCUCAAAGCUGUCGACCGUAUCGUCAGAAAUCAAGCGAUUUUCAUCAAUGUCCUUCGUAUCCUUCUACAAAUCAUCAAGCAGAAUCGCAAAUUGAUCAGUUCAAUUGUUACCACUCAACUUUAAGGAGAAAAUCUAUAUGCACUUGUCGACCAGAUUUCUCAAAGUUAGCCGAACCCACUGUUAUAUGUGACAAUACCCAUAUUACAGACAAUUGUCCAGUUUGUUUCAAAUAUAAUUGUUAUUUUCCCAAAUACUAUGACGAUUCUGAUAUAGUUAAGAAAUGUGUUGACAAUAAGCAAAGAUAUUGCAGAAAUUUAUCUGAUAUUAGAGAGUGUGAUUAUAUUUGUAAAAAUGACGUAUUCGACACACAAGAGGAAGAGGCAAUGCCAUUAUUACAAUCCAAAAUCGAAAAUCGUCAGAAAACUAAAACUAAAGAAAAAUGUGUUGUGAAAUACGAUCCGAAAUGCGAGUACAUUCGAGAUUACUCUUCGGGCCAUGGAUUUUACAAGAAUUUGGAAAAAUUUUACAAAAGGAUGUAUAAACAAGCAAAAAUGCGUGCGCAAGAAACUGAUAAUUGAUGCGAAAAAUAUUGUCAUCAUUCAGAUCUUUUUCUAAUAUGAUUUUUAUAUCAUAAAAAAUUAUAAAAAA